CUCAGAGAGGGGAGGUUUUACGUCAGGUGAUCGGAGUCCGCGUAGGAGGGAUCCGAGGUCCCGCCGAGGAGACUGACUGUGCCGACACACUGGCGGAGCAGUCGACGGACGGAGGGAGUACGUCGGCCUCGGCGGCGUUAGCUGAGCAGCGGCAGGAGUAUACACCAUGAAGAGCUUUGUUGGGUCCAGGGAGUGGAGAGGGCAGUGGAUCAGGGAUUUUCCUGGGGAGAAUCUUCACUCAAGAGUUUGCUGACAGCCGAGGAUGGCAAGCAAGGGGCCCUCGGCCUCUGCAUCCCCUGAGAACUCCAGCGCCGGGGGACCCAGCGGCAGCAGCAAUGGUGCUGGCGAAAGCGGAGGGCAGGACAGCACCUUCGAGUGCAACAUCUGCCUGGACACAGCCAAGGAUGCCGUCAUCAGCCUCUGCGGCCACCUCUUCUGUUGGCCGUGUUUACAUCAGUGGUUGGAGACCAGACCUAACAGACAGGUGUGUCCAGUUUGCAAAGCCGGGAUCAGUCGAGACAAAGUCAUCCCGCUCUAUGGCAGGGGCAGCACUGGGCAGCAGGACCCCAGAGAGAAGACGCCUCCCCGUCCUCAAGGUCAGAGGCCAGAGCCGGAGAACAGAGGGGGAUUUCAAGGGUUCGGAUUUGGAGAUGGUGGCUUUCAGAUGUCUUUUGGAAUUGGGGCAUUUCCCUUUGGGAUAUUUGCCACAGCAUUUAACAUAAAUGAUGGGCGGCCUCCUCCAGCUGUCCCCGGAACGCCCCAGUACGUGGAUGAGCAGUUCCUGUCACGCCUCUUCCUGUUUGUGGCCCUGGUGAUCAUGUUCUGGCUCCUAAUUGCCUAAUGCUGGUCUCCUACAUCCAUGGCAGGGCCUCUGGACUGAUGACACACCACCCCACUCUUGAUGUUUGGCUUCCUGGAUAAUCCUGAUCCCUGGAAUCAGUGGGGUCAGUAACACAUCAAGGAAUUUUGCUUCUCCAUCAGAGCUUUGGGACUCAAUACGAGUUGUCAAGAACACUGGAGUAUGGCCACUGCCAUAAACACUCUGCUAUAAUCUCAGGCCUUGGCAUUGAGUCGUCUCUCAUGGGUUACACCAUGAAAUCCUAUUCCAGCCAGCCCAGCAGCUCCUGACUCUGCACAGGGAAGAGGCAGAAGAGAGAAACUGUCAGUACAAUUUCACCCAAGUUUAAUAUUAUAAGAAACAAAGGGAUGAACCAAAUGUUACUUAUGGAAGCUUUCUUUCAUCUUUUUUAAAUACCCCUUGGUAAGUGGCCUCCGAAGUCAGUGGGGGUCCUCAUACAGAGAGGUUCCCCUUCCAGAUCCCAAUGCUGCUCUGUCCUAUUCCCUCCUGCCUCUCCUCUCCCUCUUCCUUCUUCUUCUCCUCCUUGGCAGAGAUGCAAAAAAUUGCCGUCCUAUGAAAGAUCAUAAUUGCAGCAGCUGAAGCUAGAAUCAUAUCAUGAAUUCACCAGAGACCCAAUGAUCUUUUGUUGGCUCUGGGACAUACUCAGUGUCUUUGGCCCCAGAGAGUGGCUUGAAUGACCUCCUUGUUUUCUGGCAUAGAUUAUCCCAGGAGACAUGUGGCUUCAUUCACAGAUUUCCCAUCAGCUUCCCAAAAAAACACUACACACAUGUGCCUCUCUGCCAGAGAGCACACAGCCUAGACUACUGCUGUGCAUCAGUAAAGACCUGCAGGUGGGCCGCCAGUGGGAUUCAGAGCUCUGGUGCGGGGACAACCGCACAAGCAGCCCUGUGCCCAAGGCUGCAGAAGUUGCACAUGCAUCCUCCAGACCUGCCUGCUUUGGCUUUGUCAAGUCAGUCCAGCUGCAUGUUGAAGACCAGCCUCCUCAGAAGCAAAGUUGUCCUUAAUGAAGAGGCAGGGAAGAGAAAAGACCCUCAUUUUGGUAUGGCUUGAUGGACUCCCCCGAGAACUCCUUGUAUAUGCGCUAAAACCAGGGAAGCAUGCCACUCCGGAGCAGGCGUCCCCUGAUGAUUUGUUAAAACCAGGCAGUGGGCCUCGGGGGGAGCCUCAGCACGGUGAUAUCAUGUGGUCUUUCUUUGGAAGUCAGGCUUCCCCAGCCCUUGAUUUGUUUUUCGACUUCACAAGCUUCUUCCUCCAAAUCUGAUUGAGGGAGUGUGGUACCGGGCAGGAGGAUAGUUCACUAGAUAGAAUGAUUCUUGCUCUGCCUGUCUUUCUCUCCCUAGAACUCUAGUCUAUUCCAGGAGACCCCAAGGGUGGGAGGAGAUGGCCUUCCUCUGGGGGCUCAGCCACAUCACCGGUGCACGGGUCCUGGCUUACCUCCAGCAGUAGCCAACAGAUCGUAGAAAGCCCCACCUAGUGUUUUUUCCCCAGAGAUGGCUCUGCAUAGCAUGUGGAAACCAAGACCUUACCCAAGAUGAGGGAAGCCCUCCACCCCUCUCCACAGCCUUUAUCCAUCCCCCCUGUACCUGUCAAUGCCACAGUGUUAAAAGACAAAAUAUAAGUAUUGAAUAGGUGGUUUAUUUGCUGAAUCCAUUUAGUAAGAAUAAGCCACCACCUCUAUAGUGUGCCUGUUGGAUUUUAAACAUCUUGGGGACACCCACUCGAGGGCUCUUUUUAUCACCCAGAAAUUCCUAAAGUGGAAGGUGCCCUGGAUUUUCUCAGCUGGAGACUUGGGGAGCAGGGGCAGAUUCUUCAGUGCAGUGGCUCCACCUAGUGGUGAGAGAGAGACUUCAGUCACAUGAGCCCACCAGAAAUGGGUUUCCAGAGGAAAGGUUAGAGAAGGGAUGUGGGUGGGGAGAUGAAUCACUUGGACUCUUGAAUGAAAAUGGAGCAAGCCCAGGAAAGCUCUGCCAGCAAAGAUAUCCCAGGAACCUGUUAGCAAGCCCAUGUUGGCAACAUGCCCUUUGAUUCUGAACCUUAUAGGACCCCAUUCAUCCUCCAUCAGGAGCUGGGGCAGGAAAGCUGACUUGGGACUGCUGGCCCAGCCCUGGUAGGGAGCCCCCCUUUCCACCACCCCUCAUCAGGCUCACUACCUUGCCCCACUGCCGAGGCAGUUUUUCUCUUGUGUGUUUUUCUAUGUUCUUAACCUCUACCCCCCACUUCUGCCACCUUUGUGGAUCAGGACCAGGUCUGAACCACAGAAAGAAAAUGACACCAUGUACAGUGGCACACCUUGACCAGUCACUAAUUUUCACUGUUGUGAAAGUGAUUUGAUUAGAAUUAAAUGGUUUUACAUUAC